AUCGUCCUCUGUGGGAUGACUCAUUUGCUUAACGCUUGGACGUACUACGGACCGCAUUCUUUCCAGCUUAUGUUAUGGCUCACCAUCUUCAAAUUCCUCACGGCGCUUGUCUCGUGCGCAACGGCCAUCACGCUCUUGACUUUGAUCCCGUUGUUGUUGAAAUGGAAAGUGAGAGAGCUUUACUUGAAGCAGAAUGUGUUGGAACUUAACGAAGAGGUUGGACUGAUGAAGAAACAGAAGGAAAUGAGUGUGCAGGUGAGGAUGCUGACUCGUGAAAUCAGGAAAUCGCUAGAUAAGCAUAUGAUCCUGCGGACUACUCUCGUCGAGCUAUCCAAGAUUCUUGAUUUACAGAACUCUGCUGUUUGGAUGCCUAACGAGAACAGAACCGAGAUGCAUUUGACUCAUGAGCUUAGGGCGAAUCCGAUGAGGAGUUUUAGGGUGAUCCCGAUCAAUGAUCCUGAUGUUGUUCAGGUUAGGGAGACUAAAGUUGUGACCAUUCUGAGGAAAAACUCUGUUCUUGCUGUUGAGAGUAGUGGUUGUGGAGGUUCGGAAGAGUUUGGUCCAGUUGCUGCAGUUCGUAUGCCAAUGCUUCACGGAUUGAAUUUCAAAGGAGGAACUCCCGAGUUUGUGGAUACUCCUUAUGCUAUAAUGGUUUUAGUACUUCCGAGUGCGAAUUCACGGGUUUGGACUGAUAAAGAGAUCGAAAUAGCGGAAGUUGUUGCUGAUCAGGUAGCGGUUGCUAUCUCUCAUGCAUCGGUUCUUGAAGAAUCACAGUUAAUGAGAGAAAAACUUGGUAUUCAAAACCGAGCUUUGCUUCGAGCUAAACAGAACGCGAUGAUGGCUAGUCAAGCAAGGAACACUUGCCAGAAAGUGAUGAGUCAUGGAAUGAGGAGACCAAUGCACACUAUCCUCGGUCUCCUCUCGAUGUUUCAGUCAGAAAGUAUGAGUCUUGACCAGAAGAUCAUUGUUGAUGCGCUCAUGAAAACAAGCACUGUUCUCUCGGCUCUUAUCAAUGACGUGAUUGACAUCUCGCCUAAAGAUAACGGGAAAUCUGCAUUAGAGGUAAAACGGUUUCAGCUACAUUCUUUGAUAAGAGAAGCCGCUUGCGUCGCGAAAUGCUUGAGCGUUUACAAAGGCUACGGUUUUGAGAUGGAUGUUCAAACGCGUUUGCCUAAUUUAGUUGUGGGAGAUGAGAAGAGAACAUUUCAGCUUGUGAUGUACAUGCUUGGUUAUAUCUUGGAUAUGACUGAUGGAGGCAAAACCGUUACAUUCAGGGUUAUCUCUGAAGGUACUGGUAGUAGUCAGGACAAGAGCAAAAGAGAGACUGGAAUGUGGAAGUCGCAUAUGUCGGAUGAUUCGCUCGGUGUGAAA